UGGCGGUGGAACAGAUCUACCGUAAACUGAAACGCGAAGCAGGUUAAUAAUGUUAAUAAUGAAUACGUCCAAGAUGAAGUUUAAGCUGCCCUGCGGAUCCGAGACCGACCGAGCUUGCUUAUCCAGUAAUAACAUGGUCAUGAUCCACAAGCAUCUGCAGUCGAGAAGACUUAGGCCCUGCUCAAAGUGUAACCUGUACACGACGCUCAUUAGACCGGUUGUCCUCUAGGGUACGAGACGUGGAUAUUGCUCAAGGAGGACCUGCGCACACACGGAGUAUUUGAGCGACCAUCUUUGGUGGCCUGCAGGAGGACGGAGUGUGAAGAAUGAAUUUCGAGCUCUCGUGACUCUACGGAGAACCCAGUAUUCAGAAUGUGUUGAAGGACCAGCGUGAUCUGGCGCAUGUGGGAUGUCCGAGAAAUUGGAGAACGGUUGCUAUGGACCGAGUGAAUUUUAGGAAUUAUGUUCAUCGUGUUGUGUCGUGAGACGGAGUACCAUGAAAAUAAAAAAUAAAGAAUAACGUGAGUGACCCUAUUUGGCCCGGUUUCCUUUUGUGUCCUUUCUAAAGGCAACACUGUGGUAGAAUGAAGUGUCUAUAAGUUUUAGCGCCAACGCAAAAGUGAUUUUUUCCCAAGUAAAAUCUAAACUUAACCACUUCUAUUUAUUCUAAUCGCUAGAAGAUCAUCCGCGCUAGUUGCACGUACCGAAGUUUUUGUGCCGGGUCGAUAGUUAAAAUCUAAAUUUAUCAAAAUUAAAAAAACUGUUGUUGUGCCGGAUAAACGGUGAAGUGCUGAAAACAAUAGCUAUUAUUCGAGCAGUUGGAGUCAUGAGUGAGGAGGACAAGAUGAUAUCGCUGAGAAGCAACAGUAUCACCAGAGCUAAGCCUAAGAGCUCUGAUAUGACUGUCACCGAGCUAUCCAACCUUAUGAAAACACAGUUUGAAACAUACCAAAGGAGCACACGGGACGAAAUCAUGAGGCUUGGAGAAAAAUUCACUUCCCAAAUUCAUCAAAUUCGCCAGGAGCUGACGAGUGAUAUACAAAAAAUACGUGAGGAAGGCAUCGUGACCACCAAUAAAUUAGAGGCAUCCAUCGCAGGUUUGAAGUUGGAGAACAUACAAACAAUCGAUCGUUUGCAAAGGAACAACGAUCUCAUCGUCAGUGGAAUCCCAUUUGUCCAGGGUGAAAACUUGCUCCUCUACUUUGCCACAAUCUGUCGCUCUCUGGACUAUGCUGAAGACGUUUGCCCGAUAGUCGAUAUUCGCCGUCUCUCCAAAGGUCACCCAAAAAGUGGUUCUCCGUUGUUGAUUCUCAUGCAAUUUGCUAUUCAUGUUCAGAGAAAUGAGUUCUACUCUCGUUAUCUAAAGUCACGUUCGUUAUCUCUGAAUGAUCUUGGAUUUGCUGUUAACAAGAGAAUCUAUAUCAACGAGAAUCUCUCUCCAGCAGCCAGAGAAACUCGAUCUAAAGCUCUGCUCCUGAAAAGAAGUGGGGCCUUACAUGCUGUGUACACUCGCGAUGGAAUUGUGUACGUGAAAUUCAAAGUUGAAGAUCGUGAGAUGAGUAUUGCUGUACCACCUGGAAACAACAUAGAAGAGCUGAUCAAAACAAAUACCCUUUCCAAAUAGUUAAUCUCACUCCUUCCAAUCCUAUCCUCAUGAUCCCAUGACUCCCCUCCUGAAAGUUAUGAAACGCAAAUAACCUUUCCUGAUAUGCUUUUGUUUACUCCUUCCAAUCCCAUCCUUUAUUCCUGUGAUUCCCCUCCUAAAAGUUAUAAAAACAACCACCCUUUCCGCUUAGCUAUUCUUCUUCCUUCCAAUCCGUUCCUGCUUAUCCUUUGACUCCCCUCCUAAAAGUUAUAAAACUUCAUUACAAUGAAUACUUCAUUACGACGAACCUGAGGAUCAUGUACGUAUGAGGAUCGUGGACGUGAGGAUCGAUGACCUGAGGAUCGUGGACGUAAGGAUCGUUGCUGUGGGAAUCGUGAACGCGAGGAUCUUAGAGCGUGUCGAUGACGGUUUAGUUUAUCAAAUGUUGUGGAAAUCCAAGUUGUGUCUGCGUAAUAAGUUACUUAUCUACAAACAAGUGUUUCGACCAGCGAUAAUGUAUGCAGUUCCGAUUUGGUCUAGCUGCUGCGCGACGAGGAAGAAAGCCAUCCAGAGGAUUCAGAACAAGGUUCUGAAAAUGAUUUUGCGGCUUCCACCUUGGCACAGCACCGAAGAUCUUCAUCGGAUUGCAGGCAUUGAAUCUAUCGAAGAGAUGGCCAACAAAAUCAUCUCCAACUUCAGAGGCAAAUCGAUGCAGUCUUCCAUCGCAGAGAUUCGCUCUCUCUACAAUUAGUUUAAUUUUAGGAUAGCUUUAGUUUUAAGUUUAAAAUAUUUUUUUUUUCACUACAGGAUGUUCUCCUUUGUAAAAAUGCUUGAUUGUGCUCAGCAAAUUUAAGUCGAAUAAAUAAAUUUUAGUGAUUAUUAAACUAUAGGGCUCUGAAAGUUCAUUAUUGAACUGAACACCUAAUUUAAUGUAUUAAUGUAAUAUAAAUGUAAUGAUGAAUUGGUACUAAUAAAGAUAUAUUUAAAAAAAAAAAAAAAUGUUAACUCGGUCCGUCGGGCAACGAUCGCUCGUGAGCAUUCGUGUACGGUAAGCUUCGUUCUGUUGUUUCGUUGGUGUGAUUUUAUUCCUGCGAGGCAUAGAAAAUAUCUAUUCGGAACUGUUCUCUUCGUUUUGUGUGCAAUCACGUCAUGAUUGGAACGAAGAUAAAAUCAAUCUGCACACAACAAGUUAAACCAGCGUUGCCACAUUUCAAUCUGUAUUUUCGAUGCAAAAAAUCUUUUUCAUCUGUAUAAAAUCUCAAAAAUCUGUAUUGAAAUCUGUAUCUAAAAUCUUGAUUCUGAAUAUUAACGCUACUAACUACGAUGACUUUCUUAUAAUGCGUAGCGCAUUAAAUUGAACUGAGCUCCAGAUUACUGCGAACUGCAGACUGUCAAAUCAAUGUAAAUUUGUCAUUUUGCAAUACGCAAACCGCUUUUUGGUUUAAUUUUGUACGAAGAAAAUAGGAAUGCAAAAAUUUACCAAAAUAUUCUGUGCAACGAACUAUUUAAGGUCACUCAAAGUUUUGAGUCGAUAUUUUUCGUUAAAUGUAUCAAGCUUUAUCCUCCCUGGGUUUAACAGUCAAUUGAGGCAGUCUCUGUACUCAGUUAUAUUAGCAGUAUACUGCGAGAAAAAUGUCCACAGAUGCGGAAGUAAUUCCAUGAUAUUUAGGUAACUGGCAUUGAAAGUUACAUUUCGUGUAGAGCGAUAUCCUAUUUGGUGUAUGAUUCUUAACACUUAAUAUUUUCAAACCCUUGCUUGUCAUUUUAAGCGCCAUAUUUAUGGGUCUUGAUCUAUGAUCUGGAAAUUUUUUCAAAUUUGCCGGUGUGACAACUGAAGGUGACUUGAACGUUGGCUGAUUUAAAUAGAUUAUUAUCGAUUAACUCACAGUAUA